ACAAGAUGACGAUGAACAUCUUGAACAGAAAUCAGCUCACCACUGUGGGAUGUGGCGCAAGCAUGGACUUCCUCCCAUUUCCCCUCAUGACUGUAUCAAAGACGCUGUGGCUGCAGAAGUGUUCGAUCACAUCUGGACAAAUGUGACAGAAAUACUGGAAGAGCUGAUUAAAAAAAACUGGGAAGUUAUGCUCACAGGAAGAAGAAAAGAGAAAGAAAAAUUGAAAGUCGCUGAGGCUAAAUCUCCACAGGGACUCAUUUCCCAUAUUAACACUGAUAUAAUGAGUAUUCCCCCGUCCAGAAGUUUUGAAACUCAAAGCAUCUCCCUGGCUUCUGAUCUUAAUCCUCCCAGGUUCUUUUUUUGAUAAAUGCUGAAAGAAAAUGC